UUCAUCAAAGGAUGUUUCGUUUGUGUCACAUUUAAAUUGACAGUCUAUAAGCUAGACCAUACAGUCUCACACGAGUAUUUUAGUCUUGCAAAGAAUAUUUGAGGCCUGUCACACUGCGGGCCUGCAUUUUCUACAACGAAGGCGUGAGCACCGUCGCAGCUGCCGCAGUUAAACCCCGUCUCUGGUUAAAAAUUGGAGAAAACUCUGUAAUUUGCGACAAUGGCGGCCAAUGGCGAUACUACGUUGGGAAACGCGCUUGGAAGACGACCAGAUCCCGCCGUGGUGGAGGAGUCGCAUAAGGCAUUGGCCAGGAUCGAAUCAGAACUUGCAUGGAAAAUCGAAAUAAUUGCUUCUCUUCCCAAUCCGCCAGACAUGGAUUCUGAUCUCUGCCAGUCUGCAAAGGCUGCUAUGGAGGCGGAAGCUAUGAGAAUUGCGGAAAAGGAGAAAGAAGCGUACAAAUCUAUCAUUCAGCUCGAGGAAUUCUACCAAAUGUUUGAUAAUACGGUGAAAAGUUCUACUACAGAGAUUGUGGAUGAACCGAAGAAUCCAGCCAUCACACCAGCUCAGGCGGAAGUGCUUUCGAAAAACGGCAGCCUUAAGCUUAACUUCAACGAGCUUCUGCAGGACCUCAGAGGGCUUAUUCUCUUCAAUGUGCCCGACUCUGCACAGAAACUGAGCGCCGUUUCCAAACUUGACCUCUCUAAUAACAACAUGCGGGAUCUGCCUGAGUCCGUCACAAGUCUGAUGAAUCUGAGAAUUCUGGACAUCCGUUCAAACCAGCUCAAAUCGCUGCCUCGCUUCAUGGGCCGGCUAACAAAACUUAAAGUCCUGAACGUUUCUGGAAACUCAAUUGCAGAGCUUCCUGAAAGCAUUCAAGAUUGCAGCACGCUGGAAGAACUGAUUGCGGAUUUCAACGAGCUAAAGCGGCUGCCAGAGUCCCUGGGAUUCGACCUAGUACAGCUGCGAAAGCUCUCACUGCGCUCCAACAAGCUUUCAUUCCUCCCCGCUUCCGUCUCUCAUAUGACGUCUCUGCGCAUUCUGGACUUACACAUGAACAAGCUCCUAUGCCUUCCCAUGGACAUGGAAAAUCUGAUCAAUCUCGAAAUCCUCAACGCCAGUUGCAAUUUCAACUACCUGACAGCUCUGCCAGAAUCCAUUGGUGCCCUGGUUUCUCUCAUCGAGUUGGACGUGAGUUAUAAUCAAAUUAAAGCCCUCCCUUAUUCUGUCGGUUGUUUGGAGGAGUUGGAGCAGCUAAAUUUGGAGGGGAACCCACUAGUUAUGCCGCCACCGGAGACGGUCAAUGAAGGUGUCCACGCUGUCAAGGAAUAUUUGAGCAACCGCCUCAAUAAGAUCAGCGAAAGGCCUAAUUUGUCCUGUUUGUCGCGUUCACGUAGAUGGCCAAGUUCCAGGGUUGUGCUGAAUGGUAAAAAAGAAGCAAUGACGUGGCAAGAGGGCAGGUCCGAAGAAGAUGACUUGGCUGUGUCGUCUCGUUGCUUUUUCACCUCGAGCGUUUCCACCACGCCUAGACGCAGUACUCAGUAUCUCGACUCGCCUCCCAAUUUUUAAAUAUUUUCUCUUCACAUUUCACAAGUGUUUGGUUUUCAGUUCAAAUCUCAGAACUCACAAAAUUAAAAAAUAUUCUAGAAUCAUGGCGGUGCAAGUUAAGCUAUACCCUUUAUAAGUCCCCGUAAGAAGUUUACUUUUAAACUAGUUAGUCUAAACAUUGAAAAAGAUAGCUUUAAGUCGCUGAAAUUUAUAUAUAUGGUGUGUAGCGUUAAGCCGCUGAAAUUUAUAUAUCUAUGCUGUGUAGCUUUAGACACGAAUGAUCUUUUGAGAUCCUUUUAUGUAAGGGAAAAAAAAAGUUUCCUACCAAAAAUUUUGAUCAAUAUAAAAAAAUAAAAUUGUGUUGGGC